AUGGCAGCACAUCAAAUGGACUCAAUAGCGUAUGCUAAUAACGUUACUCAACCAUACAUACAGCCACAAACUCUACACGAUAUUUCAGCUGUGGAGGAUGAAAUUCAAAAUAAAAUAGAGGCCGCCAGACAAGAGAGUAAACAGCUUCAUGCCCAAAUAAAUAAAGCAAAACAUAAGAUACAAGAUGCAAGCUUAUUCCAGAUGGCCAGUAAAGUCGUGUCGUUGACCAAAAAUAAGAUCAACUUGAAACCAAAUAUCGUAUUGAAAGGUCAUAAUAAUAAAAUCUCAGAUUUUCGCUGGAGUCGAGAUUCCAAACGUAUCCUGAGUGCAAGCCAAGAUGGCUUCAUGCUUAUAUGGGAUAGUGCUUCGGGUUUGAAACAAAACGCUAUUCCAUUGGAUUCCCAGUGGGUUCUCUCCUGUGCUAUCUCACCAUCGAGUAAUUUGGUAGCGAGUGCAGGACUAAACAAUAACUGUACCAUUUAUAGAGUUUCGAAAGAAAACAGAGUACAACAAAACGUUGCGUCAAUUUUUAAAGGACAUACUUGUUACAUUUCGGACAUUGAAUUCACAGACAACGCACAUAUAUUGACUGCAAGUGGGGAUAUGACGUGUGCCUUGUGGGAUAUACCGAAAGCAAAGAGAGUGAGAGAAUAUUCUGACCAUUUAGGUGACGUUUUGGCAUUAGCCAUUCCUGAAGAGUCAAACUCAGAAAAUUCCUCCAAUACAUUCGCCAGUUGUGGAUCAGAUGGGUAUACUUACAUAUGGGAUAACAGAUCUCCAUCCGCUGUACAAAGCUUCUACGUUAACGAUAGUGAUAUCAAUGCUCUUCGAUUUUUCAAAGACGGGAUGUCAAUUGUGACAGGAAGUGACAAUGGUGUAAUAAAUAUGUAUGAUUUAAGGUCAGACUGCUCUAUUGCUACUUUUUCUCUUUUCCGAGGUUAUGAAGAACGAAUCUCUACCCCUACUUAUAUGGCAGCUAACAUGGAGUACAAUACCGCUCAAUCACCAAAAACUCUAAAAUCAACGAGCUCAAGCUACCUAGACAACCAAGGUGUUGUUUCUUUAGACUUCAGUGCAUCAGGAAGAUUAAUGUACUCAUGUUAUACAGACAUUGGUUGUAUUGUGUGGGAUGUAUUGAAAGCAGAGAUUGUUGGAAAAUUGGAAGGUCAUGGUGGGAGAAUCACUGGUGUACGCUCCAGUCCAGAUGGGUUAGCUGUAUGUACAGGUUCUUGGGACUCGACUAUGAAAAUAUGGUCUCCAGGUUAUCAAUAG